GGAGAGGGCCGAGGGUCUCCAAGCGGCUAUGCGGAGGCGCAAACAUGGCGGAGGCAGGUCAUGUUGAGAGUGAGCAGAACGAGGGGCUGGCGCCCGCGGCCGAAGCACUGGUAGCGGCCCGGGAGCGGAGCAGACGCUUCUUAAGCGGCCUAGAGCUGGUGAAGCAGGGCGCUGAGGCGCGCGUGUUCCGCGGCCGCUUCCAGGGCCGCGCGGCCGUGGUGAAGUACCGCUUCCCCAAGGGCUACCGACACCCGGCGCUGGAGGCGCGGCUCGGCCGGCGACGGACGGUGCAGGAGGCCCGGGCGCUGCUCCGCUGUCGCCGCGCAGGAAUAUGUGCCCCGGUUGUCUUUUUUGUGGACCAUGCUUCCAACUGCUUAUUCAUGGAAGAAAUCGAAGGCUCAGUGACUGUUCGAGAUUAUAUCGAAUCCACUAUGGAGACUGAAAAAUCUCCCCAAAGUCUCUUUGGCUUAGCCAAGGCAAUCGGACAGGUUUUGGCUCGAAUGCAUGAUGAAGACGUCAUUCAUGGUGAUCUCACCACGUCCAACAUGCUCCUGAAACCUCCCCUGGAACAGCUGAACAUCGUGCUUAUAGACUUUGGGCUGAGUUUCAUUUCAGCACUUCCGGAAGAUAAGGGAGUUGACCUGUACGUGCUAGAGAAAGCCUUCCUUAGUACCCAUCCCAACACCGAGACUGUGUUUGAAGCCUUUCUGAAGAGCUACUCCGCUGCCUCCAAAAAGGCCAGGCCAGUGCUUAAAAAAUUAGAUGAGGUGCGCCUGAGAGGGAGAAAGAGGUCCAUGGUGGGGUAGAAGAAUUCUGUGACGACCACAGACGGUUAAGCUGUUCACAGUAACUUUGAAGGAAUGCUAUGAAUAUGAGAUUCGACCUAAAUAAAGGUGGUGGGAUAUUUUUAGGUGCCGUCUGUGAUCAUGCUGCUUAGGCAUUAUCAUCUGCGGUUGACUGUUCUCAAGAGCUUACUCUGUACAUAAGACAUGUCUGGCAGAACUGGGCAUUCAGAAUAAACCUCAGGCUUUCUCUGCAAUUGUGCCGUGUACACCUCAGAUCAAGGGCAUGGCGUUACAAAACAUUGAACCACAUACUGAGAACCUUAUUCUGUUUUCAGUCCUGGUGAGGCAAGGACAGAGUCUCAGUUGGUGACAGUAUGUCUUUAUCAGCCCUCUAACCCAGCCUUUUUUGUUGUUGUGUUCAUGACAGACUCCUCUUUGAAACCAGUACAGUGGGUUACAACCAGCAUUUUAAGAAAGAAAUGGAAUCAGAGAUUAGAAAAUAUCAGAGCACAUUACAUGUAGUAUUGUAAGUAUUGUUUUAUGAAACUUGUUUGAAAUGUGUAUAUAGACAAUGGUAUGUACUAGGUUUUGAUGUAAAAUACAGUUCUUUUUGAGGGUCAUGGUAAAAAAAAAUGAUGAAAAAUGCCGCUUAACUCCAAUUUCUCCUUUUUAAAAAAAGCAGGCUCAUAGCUUUCAGGCAACUGAAAUUUAUGUAUUUCUGUACAAGACUUUUUUUUUUUUUUUUUGCGGUACACGGGCCUCUCACUGUUGCGGCCUCUCCCGUUGCGGAGCACAGGCUCCGGAUGCGCAGGCUCAGCGGCCAUGGCUCACAGGCCCAGCCACUCCGUGGCAUGUGGGAUCUUCCCAGACCGGGCUCAAACCCGUGUCCCCUGCAUCAGCAGGCGGACUCUCAACCACUACGCCACCAGGGAAGCCCCUGUACAAGCCUUUUUAUUUUUGUUGCUCUGUGUUUUUAUGGCUAUCUUCUAAUUAAGAAGUGAUUGGUAUAAAGUUCCUUUUAAUUUCUAUAGGUAAAAAAGCCGGUUUAUAUCAAAGACAGUAAGUAGAUUGAGCAAAGAUAGUGAAGUAGCUUGGAAAUGACUGAAGUUUGAUAAAACCUGGUUUAAGAGAAGGUGCAGGAAAACUGUAUUAAGAUGCAAAGUACCGCGAAUUAGCUCACACUUAUCCUUGCCCAGUUUCUUCCCCCAAAGAAUCUGUGUGUGUGUUGGGAGGGAGGUGGGUAUAAUAAAACACUUUCCUCCUGUAA